AUGCCAAUUACAUUACCCUACAGUUUUGAUGAAACGGAUGAGCUUGUGGUGUUCCGAAUUCAUUUGAAGGGUGCCACUCGGAGUCAGAUGAGUGUCACUGUUGCCGAUUGUUAUGUGAAAGUGAAUUGUCCUCCUCAUCACUUUCUAGAGUUGGACUUGAAAGAGGAAAUUGUAUUGGAUGCGUCGGCAAGAACCCAGAACAAAAUUGAGGGUCACGACUUGGUGUUGCAAUUUAGAAAGGCCGAACGAAAACGUUGGGAGACAGCAGUCAGAAUAAUUGAUGACAACAACGUCACAAAGGAAAUGAUUGAGAAGCGAAGAGCAGAGUCUAUUGAAAGACUAAGAAAAAUUGAAGAACAAGAACGAGAAGAAAGGAAAAAAGAAAAAUUGAAAGAAGAAAAAAGACUUUUGGAAAAACAUUGGGAAGAUGAAAAACAAAAAAGAGAGGAAAUAGAACGUAAAAAACAAAUGGAACGAGAACAAGCAGCAUCUGAAUUGCAAGAAUUUAAGAAAAAAGAGGAGGUCAAUAUUACCAGUGAAACUUUUUCACAAGAAAAUCUCUCAAACGCUUUGCCACAGAAUCGUAUGACACAACCAAUCAUUGAAGAUGUAACAAAUGAAGAAGAGGACAUAGCUGUCGAUUCAAAAGCAGACAAGUACGAAAAAUGUGAUGUUCCAGUGAGAGGCACAGAAACAUCAACAAUUAAGCUCUCAUUCACUCCAAGGGCACUACGAACUCCAGCACGAGAAGACAAGGAUAGUGAAACUUUAAAGAAAUUCGAAAUUUGGAAGAGAAAGAAUAAGAGGGCUGAAUUUGAAGAUAGUGUGGUAUGGGUUAUUGAGAGAGGUGACAAGUUUAUGAAAAAGCAAAACUUCUCGUCAGCUAUUAGCGCUUAUACAGAAGCCUUGACCAUGGAUUCGAAUGCCAUUUCUUGCUUGUCAAAGAGAGCUGCAUGUCACUUUGAGCGCCAAGAAUAUCUCAAAGCUAUUGAAGAUUGCACACAAUUUUUACAGACAGAGGCAAAGACUGAGACAAACGUGGAGGAUAAAUAUGUAGCCCUCGCAUUAAUCACUCGAGCAAAGAGUUAUCAAGAAAUUGGCGAUUUCAAAAAAGCAUUAGAAGAUGCUAACCUAGCUUACAAAGUAGAGUCAAAUUUGGAGUAUCAAAAAAUUAUUAAGAAUCUUGAGAAAAUUUUAUCUGGCAAUGUUGCAUCGGAAAAAGAUAAGGCAGAUCUCUUGAAAGAAGAAGGAGAUGCUGAAUAUUUCGAGAGGCGAUUUGAAAAAGCAAUCUCAUGUUACACGAGCGCGAUCAAUCUCAAGCCCUUCUUUUUUAGAGCAUACGGAAAUCGAGCCGCUUGCCAUCUUCAAUUGAACAAAUUCUUCAAUUGUAUCGAAGAUUGCACUUACAUUUUAGAAAACAUUCAUUCUAAAGCUGUUGGUGAAACAGAACGAAAACAGAGCGCCUCUCUCAUUUUGAAAUCCUACACUCGAAGAGGAACAUGCUAUUUCAAAUUGGGUGAUUUUCAACGAUCUUAUAAGGAUUAUGAACAGGCCUCUCGAAUGGCCCCAGAAGAUGAAGACAUAAUGGCAGAUUUAGAAAAAGUCAAUAAGGAACUCACGUCACAACUUCAAGGAGAUUGGCUCAAAAACACUGCCAACAAUUUUUAUUUGAACCAAGACUAUGCUUCUGCAAUUCAUUCGUAUACGCUUGCCAUUCAACUCGACAAAACCAAUCCUGUCUAUUAUUCAAACAGAGCCCAAUGUUAUUUCAAGGUGGGAGAUUAUGUGAAAUGUGUUAAAGAUUGUAAUCUUGCUCUUUCCGUUUUGUCUGAUGAAGAUGAAAAGAGAGUGACUGAAAUUUUAAAGGAGGAAGAAACAGGUGUUGAUACGAAUCCAAACAACAAGACCAAACCUGAAUUUCCAACCAAUCCAAAACUUACUCCCAAACUACAAAUGAAGGUAUAUCUGAAGAGAGCAGUGGCUUACAAGGAGAUGGAAGAAUACGAAAGAGCGUUUCUUGACGUACGGCGAGCUCAACAAUUCGAACCUGAAAAUAAGGAAAUCAAAUGUGAAUACGAAAAAAUCGAAGCCUUGUACAAUGGCUGGAAGAAGGAGCAGGAGGAAAAAGUAAAGGUUGAACCAAAGUCAGACAAAUAA